AUGCCUCGAGUCUCGUACAAAGGACUUCUCAAUGCUACUGAGCAAGACCUCCAGUCAUUGACCAAAGCCGCCCUUGUGGAUGGGUACUUUGAUCUGGAUCUUGACUGUCCUGAGGCUGUGAGCCUGCGACAAGAUGUUCGUUAUCUCGAGUCUUUCUCGGAAAUGAUUUUCGAUGUUCCCACGCCGCUGAAGGAGCGCUAUGACUUCAAGACGCUGGGGCGAUUUCGGACCACGGGAUUCAAGUCCCUGGGCGUCGAAGAGGGCGCGCAUGCCGGCCAGCCCGACGGAUUUGAGAUGUUCAUGUUGCCCCAAAAUGAGCUCCUGUUGCCUAGCUAUCAGCCCGCACUACAGUCCCCAGACCUAGUCUUCUCCAACCGCGAACCCCUCACACGCUGCAUGAAGCGGUACGAGGAGGCCGCCCAGCUGAUCCUCCGCCGUGUGGGCGAGGUUUUGGGGCUGGGAAAUGCGCUGUUGGCUGCCCACCAGCCGGACGCGCCCUCGGUCACAAACCUAGGCUUCCUCAAAUAUCCGCCACAACCCACUGGAUCCCGCAACUUUGGACACAUUGCGCACACCGACGUGGGCACCCUGACUAUUCUCUCCGCCACAGCUCGGGGACUCCAGAUCAUGGAUGUUGAAAAGCAAGACUGGGUCUUCGUGGAGCCAAAUUCACAGCAACUCUUCGUGCAGUUCGGCGACUGUCUGAAAUUCCUUUCCCAAGGACGCUGCAUCCCUUCUAUCCACCGCGUCGUUCCUUGUCACACCGAGCAGGCCACCAAAUACACUCUAGCUUAUUUUGUGCGACCAAAUGAGAAGGCUAUCAUUACCAGCGAUGAUGGGACAGUUUGGGCGUAUGAGGAUUACCACUGUCGGAAGUUUGACGCCUUUGCGCGCCCGCUCACGCAUGUCCGACCUGAGGGCGAGCAAGAGAUGAUUUCCAUUCGCCAGCUCAAUUUGGCUACCCGUGUAGGAGCUGCAUGA